UGUGAUCUGGUGGUGCAACAGUCGCCUACUACGCGUCUCAGGCUUGGCGCUGGCAGUGGCUGUGUCUGUUGCCACCACGUUGGACAGGGUGACACAAAGCCUCUGGCUCCCGCCCUGGGCGAGUGAGUGCGCCUGGCACGGGGCGCUGGCUGUGAGUGGCACGCGCUGGCACGGCGGGGAGGAGGGGAAGCCGGAGCGCAGCGGGUUAAAUAACGCUGCCGCUCCAGCCCCAGCUUCUGCCUCUGGGGGAGAGAAAGAGAAGGGAAGGGGGCGGUGCCUUCCUCGCCCGGGAGCGCGGCGGCAGCAGCAGCAGCACACCGCGCCGCAUCUCCAGUGCGCAUCUUGCGGACAAGCGGGCAGCGGCUGCUGCGGUGGUGGCCCUCUUGCGCCCCGCCGCCGCCGCUGUCGCCGAGAUGAGCGCGCCGGGCAGAGCGCGCCGCGAGCGAGGCAGCCAGGCCGAGUACGAGACGCAGGUGAAAGAAAUGCGUUGGCAGAUGGGGGAGCAGGUCCGAGGCCUUGACUCUCAAGCAGAGAGUCGGCAGCAGUUACUGCAAGAUGUGGCUGACUUUCUGCGCCGGAAGGCUGAGGUGGAGCAAGAGUAUUCUCGGGGACUGGAGAAGCUGUCUGAACGCUUCUCUGCUAAGAUUCGAGGUUCCAAGGAGCAUCAGAAUUUCAGGCAAGGCCAGAACCUGCCAUCUCCCUUGAAUUGCUGGUACACGAUCCUCAACCAGACGCGGCAGGCAAGCCGGGAUCACGGUGCGCUGAGUGAAAUCUACACAGGCCACCUGGCACUGCGGUUGGGGCACAUCAGUGAGGAUGUGGGGCGACUGGCCCGGAAAAGCAAAGAGAUGGAGCAACAGAUGCAGGAUGAGCUGCUAAAAGCAAUUUCAGAGUUGCAGACGGCUAUGAAGACAUAUCAGACAUACCGCAUUGACUGCCUGAAUGCUGAGGCAAAGUUGCGUGAGGCUGAGCGACAAGAGGAGAAACGUAGUGGUGGGAGGCACACCGACCCUGGUGGGUCACCUGGUGGGGCAGGGCUUGACAAGACGCCCCGUCGCACUUCACUCCGGAAGGUUGAGCGUAUGCUGGAAAAGAGACAGGCAAAGUUUCUGGAGAGCAAGCUGAAAUGUGCCAAGGCCCGGAAUGACUACCUGUUGAGCCUGCACGCUGCGAAUGCCGCCAUCAGCAACUAUUACUUACGCGACGUUGCUAAUCUGCUGGAAUGUUUCGAUCUCGGCUUCCACCUGUCCCUCGGCAAGGUGCUAAGGACAUACCUUGCAGCAGAAUCCCGGGCUCAGGCAUCUUGGCAACAGGGUCUGUGCAGCAUUGAAGGGGCAGUUGAUGCUCUGGACCCACUGGGGGACAGGUUCAGAUUGAUGGAGACCAACCCUGCAGCCUACUGUCCUCCUCUGUCCUUUGACUACCAGCCUCAUGAGAGUGAUGAGGUGUCUGAAGUCCGAGCCGAAGGUCCCUUGAGAAAUGAACUCGUCUCUCGUUUCCAGCAUAUUCAGUCCCGCCUCAAUGCCAUCACCCUGGAGACGGAUGAGGUUAACAAAACUCUGAAGGCCACCCUGCAAAGCCUGGUUGACCUGUUGGCUGCAGAGGAGCCUGAGGCACUGGAUGCCUUUCAGGGUUGUCAGUCCACGGAGUCUCUCAAGUCCACGGGCUCCGAUGCUGGCGGGAAACAGGCAUUGGCAAAACGCCGGGCUAAUCAGCAGGAGACGGAGAGCUUCUACAUCAUGAAAUUCAAAGAAUAUCUCUCUGGCCGGAGCAUUCAAACCAAGCUGCAAGCAAAGCAUGAUCAGAUGAAGGAGGCGAUAGAGAAGGGUGCUGCAGUGGAUCAAGAACUAGCCAGGCCACAGUCCCAGCGCAUCCGGCGUUCCCGCCCUCCCUCGUGCUACCAUCACAAGCUCUUCGAGGGUGACCUACAGGCCUUUGUGGAGAGCUCAGGCCAAGCUGUCCCCCUGGUGGUGGAGAGCUGCAUCCGCUUCAUCAACCUGCAUGGGCUACAGCAUGAAGGUAUUUUCCGGGUGCCAGGAUCCCAAGCACAAGUGGCAGAGAUCCGGAAUGCCUUUGAGAAAGGUCAGGACCCAUUGGCAGGUGGUUAUACACAGCAUGAUCUGGAUUCAGUAGCUGGAGUAUUGAAACUGUAUUUCCGGGGACUGGAGAAACCCCUCUUUCCUAGCGAUAUCGUCCCUGAGCUACUAGCAACAGCUCAGCUGGAAUCUUCUGCAGAGCGCAUCUCCCACCUCCGAGCUCUUGUUUCCCAGCUCCCCACUGUUGUGCUAGUGGUUCUGCGGUACCUCUUUGCCUUCCUCAGCCACUUAUCUCAGUACAGUGACGAGAACAUGAUGGACCCCCACAACCUAGCUGUGUGCUUCGGCCCCACCCUGGUGACGGUCCCUGCAGGCCAGGAUGCCGUGUCAGUGCAGCCCCACAUCAAUGAGGUGGUGAAGUGCCUGAUCGUGCACCACGAGGCCGUCUUCCCUGGAAGCAGCCAGCUGCCCGGGCCCCAGUAUGAGAAGGUUAUGACCUUGGCUGAGGAGGAAUACUGUGAUGUGUUGCCACUGGAGACAGCAACCGAAGAACCCGAAAUGGAGGGGACCCCUGAAACCCCAGCCAGUGAAGAUGAGUGCGACUCCCAGUCUGAGUCUGUGCCCCGCUCUGGUCCCAUUGCUCAACAUGAGGAGCGGUUUGCACCUCAGCGCGUGGCACCAGUUGGCUGGCGACGAGGUGAGCGUGGCGGCAACCGGGGACUAGUGCCUCCCAUUGUAUUGCCUGACAGCGAGAAGCAACCGAGUCCCCGGAGCUCCAGGUUGGAGAUUGACACAGGAUCUUCUCUGGAUGAGCUACUCCCUGAAGCCUCCAGCCGGCUGCGGGUAAAUUCGGAUGUGGGCAGUGGGAGUCGCCAGCGUGGCGGGAGCAGCCCCAUCCGCAAGCUGGCCUCGCCCUUCAUGGAUGGGGGCCGCCUGCCCUUCCCCCUCCUGCAACCUGCCCACCCCAGGACCUUCCAUGUCACUGAAAGGGCAGAGCGCUGGAAUGAAGCUUCCUUGCGGCCCUGGAGUGGCAACAAUUCUGAGAGGCAAGGGCCAACAGAUAAACGGGUGGAAGUGGAUAAGGAGGUUGCCAGGAAUAUGGAUUCUGUGUUCAAAGAACUUCUUGGGAAAACUACCCUGAAGCACACAGGGGCUGACGAUGCCCUAAACCUCCCCGAGCCACCAGAUCCCCACAAGAGCAACCCUGUCGGCAAGAAAGGCACCACCCCUGCCAAACAGGGCUCUUCAAACAGGGUGCUCUUGCGGAGCAGAGGGGUCUUCAAAUCCUCGGGGAAUGGAGAGUGAGCCAGAUUUGGGAGGACAGCGUCCUCCGUUUGACCUGCCCGAUACUGUGACAACCCCCACUUCUAUCUUAUUCUUAAUCCCAGCUCAGGGCAGAUCUCUCUCUCUCUCUCUCUCUCUCUCUCUCUCUCUCUCUCUCUCUCUCUCUCUCUCCUGCUCCAGAAUGAUUUGGGAGGGUGGCAGGGAAGUUGGUGAUUUGAUGGAAAUUUAAUUUCCAAGCCAAAUAUUUAAGGGGCAUUUGCUCUUCAGCCUCUUAGUGCACCAGAGGCGAAUUUGAAGGUUUUAAUUUGUGGAUAUGGGUGGGUUCUUCAGUAUAUGGCAACCUUAAGGUUGUUUUGGGCCUGAUGCCCAUCCAUUCAGUUUCUCCUCUGCUGACCGUGGUUUGCACUUGGAUUUGCAUGUGAAAGCAGUGAGGUGGGGUGGGGUACCGGAAUUCCUUGGUUCUGUUCUUGGCUGUGGGAGGGGAAUCGUGUCUAGUGGAUUACAAUGCAAGGUGUUUCAAAGGGAGGACUCUCUCGUAUGUGUAUUCCAUUCCUAACAUGCUUCACACAAGUUCUUGCCAGCUGUGCUCCUCUGCCCCCUCAAGUAUCCCUUGGUGCUUUGCACAUUUGUCUGCAUCUGUAAACUCUUCCCACACACUCUUCCUGGUGCAACCUCAUCCCUGCACGCAUCACCCUCCUACAUUGGGGCAAUAAGUAAGGGGACGUAGUUGGGGGAGGGAGUUCAUGUGCCAGUUAUUUCCCCUGCAUCAAAGAUCCAGUUUGUUCUUCCUGCUGCCCUUAUUUUAAGCUUCAACCACUCAGUAUUAAUCAGGGUUGUGAGUAUUCUCUGCAUUAAAUUCUGUGCCAAAACAAGCUGAAUUCUGCAACCUGUUAUGCAAAUUAAGCAAGCAUGCAUGUAUUAUUUUAUUUUUCGUAAUUUAUUUUGCUUUCCCUACCCGUGGGGAGAGGCAAAGACUCUGAGUGCUGGAAACCUUAUGCAGCCACCCUUCUGGCUCCCCAAAUUUAAGCAGGCAUUGCCCACAUGCUUUGAAACUGUGCAGCCAUAAAGGGCUAGAAAUGCUUCUCCCCCCAUUUCUUUUUAAAUGGAAGCUAAGAUUCUCAGGUAGCAGAAUUCUGUGUUGGCACCACAUCCUGUGUUCUUUCUGUGCUCCCACAGAAUUUCAGCAUACCCACAGCCCUGGUAUUAGCCCUUCUUUUCCCAUUACCAGAAACAAUUCUGUACUGUGAUCCGCCCGCCUCCCACCCCUGUCCCUUUUGUCUGUCGCAAUAAACUGGACUUGUAAGUGCUCCACUGAGAGUGCCUGCCAGACGGGAUUUUAUACAAAAUAAACAAGACACUGAAGGAC